GCACCAGGCAAGCAAAACAGUGCUCUGUGACCUGCCUCUCCAUCACCGCGGCCACCGAGAGUGCGCAACGCCCUAAGCGCGCAGACCAGCAAGAGAGAGCCCGCCGACCAGUCCUCCGCAAAAUCCAACAUGAAAAUUCUCGUGGCCUUGGCAGUCUUUUUUCUCGUGUCUACUCAACUGUUUGCAGAAGAAAUUGGAGCUAACGAUGAUCUAAAUUAUUGGUCUGAUUGGUCUGACAGCGACCAGAUCAAGGAGGAGCUGCCUGAACCCUUCGAGCAUCUUCUGCAGAGAAUCGCCCGGGGACCCAAGUCUCAGCAGUUCUUCGGAUUAAUGGGCAAGCGGGAUGCUGAUUCCUCAAUUGAAAAACAAGUGGCCCUGUUAAAGGCUCUCUAUGGACAUGGCCAGAUCUCUCAUAAAAGACAUAAAACAGAUUCCUUUGUUGGACUAAUGGGCAAAAGAGCUUUAAAUUCUGUGGCUUAUGAAAGGAACGCGAUGCAGAAUUACGAAAGAAGACGUAAAUAGACUACAUAGUGUAUUAUUUAUCGAGCUUCAUUUGUGGUAAUGGGCAAUGAGAGGUAAAAUGAGACUUGCACUAUGAGGAGUAAUUAUUUAUUUAAUAAUAAUUGUUUUGAGUUUAAAACUCAAGAAGUGUUUAUUUUUCAUAUUGUGCCCAUAUGUGUUGUAAAAGUGUGCUAGAAUUCUAAUAUAAUGACCCCUCUGAGUAGAAAUCUGUGGUAAUUUCCCAACAAAGCACAGUGUCCAAGUAAAUUGUAAAACCCUGUCAAUAAAGUCUCUGAAGAGAGAAAUCACUUUUGGUUCAGAUCAGACCAGCUGCUGCUAAGGAAGAAACUCAGAGUCUGGCUAUGCUUCUCUAUUUGUUUUCAUGGUGGAAAUGUACUGAGAUUUGGUAUCAAACUGUAUUUGUAUCCCUGAAGCAUGUUUCAUGUUUUGUGAUAAUAUAGAGAUGUUUUAAAAGUUUUAAUGUAAUUCUAAGGUCUUCAUUUCAUUGUAUAAUGUGUUGUGAUAGUUAACAUUUUAAAUAAAAGAAAAAAUAUCUUGA